AUUUUGGGUCCUUCCCGUCGCACGAGGACACCCGCAUGCGUCCGUAGCCCUCGGUCCGCCGCACGCUUCGCUGUUCCCGCUCCCCUUUACACCAGUUACCGGCGAUGGACACCGAUAAAACCACCCUCCCGGUGGCUGCCGCGGACGGCCCGGAGGACGCGGGGUCCUUCACGACGGUUAAAUCUAAGAAGAGCCAGAAGCGGAAACGCGAAGCAGGCGGAGCGGACAUGGAGACCGAGGGGCCCGGGGCCCCCAAGCGGCCGCAGUUCCCCGCGAUAUCCAGCGACAAAUUACGGGGGCCAGAUGAGAUGCGUAAAGUCUCCGUCCCGGCUCACAGGUACACGCCGCUGAAGGAGAACUGGCUGAAGAUCUUCACCCCCAUCGUGGAGAACCUGCAGCUCCAAGUUCGGUUCAACCUAAAGACGCGGAACGUGGAGAUAAAAACAUGCAAAGAGACGCAGGACAUCGGAUCGCUCACUAAAGCGUCAGACUUUGUCAAAGCGUUUGUUCUUGGGUUCCAGGUGGAAGACGCCCUCGCCCUCAUCAGACUAGACGAGCUCUUCCUGGAAAGCUUCGACGUCACAGACGUGAAACCUCUGAAGGGAGACCACCUGUCCAGAGCCAUCGGCAGGAUCGCAGGGAAGGGAGGAAAGACCAAGUUCACCAUCGAAAACGUCACAAAGACCCGCAUCGUGCUCGCAGAGACGAAGGUUCACAUACUUGGAUCCUUCCAGAACAUCAAGAUGGCUCGCACGGCCAUUUGCAACUUGAUAUUAGGAAGUCCACCUUCAAAGGUCUACGGUAACAUCAGGGUGGUGGCCAGCCGGACCGCCGAGAGGUUCUGAGGGCUGUUUGGUGUGCGAUGCCUCCCCCCCAUUGGCCGGCUGACUGACACCUCCAGUUAUCUCAAAGCUUACGUUUGUAAAUAAAUUAUUUCAGUCA